UUUCACAAACUAUAUAACUUACUUGCAUGCAUGAUCAAUUAUUUCACUCACUUCCAAAUUUUCUCAAAAGGUUUCAAAGAAAUUAAUAUCAUCAAUCAAGAAUGGAGAUCAACAAUCAAGAAAAUGGUGGAAAGGGAGGAGAAGGAAGAAGAGGAGGAGGAGCUGUUGGUCGAGGUCGACCGAGGCUCACCGGAUUACGGGGAAACUCUCCACCACCCUUUCUAGUGAAGACAUAUGAAAUGGUGGAUGAUCCUGAAACUGAUCCUUUGAUACAUUGGACUUCCAGCAAAACUACUUUUCUUAUCACUGAUCCUAACAAGUUUUGUUCAGAAGUUCUUCCAAAGUACUUCAAACAUAGCAAUUUAUCUAGCUUUAUUUACCAGCUCAACAACUAUCGUUUUAGGAAGGUCUGUUCUUACAAAUGUGAGUAUGGAAAUCCAUGGUUUCGGGCUGGGAAAAAGCACUGGCUGAAAAAUAUCAAAAGCAGGAUUCAACUAUCCAAGGAGAACAACCCACAACAAGGUUCACAUAGUCCUCAUGUUGAUCUGGUGAACGAUAAUCUGGAAGAGGAGCUGGAGAAGUUGAGGAAUGAUCACAUUAGUCUGAAGGUAGAGCUUCAGAAGUUGAAAGAUGGACAAGAAAACAUGAGAUCUUUCUUUCCUAAUUUGCUAGGAUGCGGAAAGGAAAAAGAUAUGAGGAAUAUUUUGAAGUUACUUCUCGAGAAAUCUGAAGUCAGAGGAGACUCCAGCAGCAAUGACACCAGAAAGAGGCCACGAUUGGUGGAGUCCCCAGAUCGUGUGUCUGGAUCCGUCCAGGACGGGAUUGUACAGACAUCAAACUCCGCUGGUGGCUCCGUGAGUUCCAAUGAAAAACAGAAAGAAGAAGCAACUGCUCAAAAUGCUAAGAAUCGUGAGUUUUGGGAGAAACUCUUUGAAGAUGGUUCAGAGUCGAAAAAUGAAGGAGCAGAGGAGUCCGGGCAGGAACUGAAUCGUUCGAGGGCUAUGGCAGAGAUCGAGGAGAUGGUGGAAAGCAAGAUUGCUAUGGAAGGAGAGGCUUUGAUUGCAAAGGCUGCUGCUAGUUUAAAUGACGAGACGGAGGCUUAUCUUCAACUAUGGACCUAGUAUAUUCUCUUUGCUUCCAUAUUUCCAUCAAAUACAAAAAUAUGAAUUCUACUAAAUGUUUAAAGUAUGAUCUUCUUAUCACAUCAAAAUUGUUACUUUGUCUCCAGGGUGGAGAAGAGAAAUGCUGAUGAACUACAGUUGACGUAAAGGUCCUGUAUCCAAAUAGACUGUUCUUAUAAUCGUUCCAGGAACUAUUUAAUGUCGUUUCUGUUUACAUAAUUUCACCCUAGAAACUAUACUAGGAAAGUUUGGAAACUUUGUACUACUUAAUAACUGUAACUAAUUAGAGUAUCAAAAUAUCUAUUGUAAUA